UAUAUGACGCCAUCAGUGUGGGAGGGGGGAACAUACAGGAUAGAGCACAACAAAGCAGAAAGAAGACGAAGCAGCCGAGGGAAACGGUGCGACAACAAGGUGCAAGUUCAUUAGCUGCGCUUUUACCUACAGUACUUUACAGUUUAGAUACAAGUCAAGCGCACGACAAUCCGAUUGAGAAGACAUUAGCGUUCCACACGGAGCUAUAAACAUGUCGUCUCCCAGUCCGGGUAAAAGGAGAAUGGACACCGACGUGGUGAAACUCAUUGAGAGUAAGCAUGAAGUCACCAUUCUGAGUGGACUUAAUGAAUUUGUGGUGAAGUUUUAUGGACCACAAGGAACACCGUAUGAGGGAGGAGUAUGGAAGGUGCGAGUAGAUCUCCCAGACAAAUACCCGUUCAAAUCACCAUCUAUAGGAUUCAUGAAUAAGAUCUUUCAUCCGAACAUCGAUGAAGCGUCUGGGACUGUGUGCUUAGACGUGAUCAAUCAGACAUGGAGUGCUCUCUAUGACCUCACCAAUAUAUUUGAGUCAUUUCUGCCACAGCUCCUUGCAUACCCCAACCCCAUUGACCCCCUGAAUGGAGAUGCUGCAGCCAUGUACUUACACCGGCCAGAGGAGUACAAGCAGAAAAUUAAAGAAUACAUUCAGAAAUAUGCAACAGAGGAGGCUCUGAAGGAGCAGGAGGAGGGAGCGGGCGACACUUCGUCAGAAAGCUCCAUGUCGGAUUUCUCAGAAGACGAGGCACAGGACAUGGAGUUGUAGUGAACAUGCACCUCUUCUUUAUUCCAGAGACUAUAAUUUCCUAAACAUGAGACGCAGACUAUAAAACUCAUAUUUAAGCAAGACAAUUUUUAUAUUAUUAUUAUGAUUAUUAUUAUUAUUAUUAAAAAUCUGAAUUUUUAUGGCUCUACCAUUGAUAAGGAUUACCCUCUUUAUGUGACAUCCCCACACCUAAACCACACACACACACACACACACACACACACACACACAAACACACAAACAGUGGCUGUCUAAUCCUUCCCUUUAGAUGUAUAAUGACAUUACUAUCACUGCACUACAGACAGAGCUCACUUAUCGGUGAGGGUUUCAGAUGCUUCUCCAAGAUUAGACACAGAUCAGAAAGCAGUUGUCUGGCCUACACCAGUCACUAGAAACUGUGUCACAGCACAAUCUCUGAGCACAAGUGGUCUCUGCACUCCCACAGAUUGGACACUCUAAACCAUCUCGUCUCUCACACACUAACGGCGCGGGGGUGCGUUUAUUUAUCUGCAGAUAAUCACCAAAAAAAAAAAGUCAUUAAAUUCCAGUCCACAGUCCGAUCUACAGAAGCGGCGUGGUCUUUACUAGGUCAGUGUGAUCGGACUUGUUCAGGUGGCACGUUGUCCACUUUCCUUAUCGUUUCUCAGGUUGCUUUUUUUUUUUUUUUUAAUUAUUAUUUUAAUUUCUGUCAUUAAUUGGGAUUAAAGCGACAAUUGCAACUUGACAUUUUAUUUUCCUCCAUUUGAGUUGUUUGUGUAAACCGAGACGACCCCCAGGGGCUUCAGCAGUGCCGUGUGGGUCCACGUCGUGCAGUUAGAGCGCUCGGAGUGCCGUGUCCUGGAGCUAGGACUGAAACUAGUGCGGUGACGUUACCAUGUAAAUACACAGCCCUUAUUGCCAAAAGUAAAAUAAAGUGGUCUUCUCUUCCUUAUUAUUUGCUGGUGUCCUGUUUUGGAUGGCGCGCUGCCCGAUGCGUGGGUCAGCUUCUGCUUUAAAAAGAAGCUGCUCCAUUUGUAGAGAAUGAAUGAACCUAACAAGAAGCUGUACAGCUGACGUGUGUGUGUGUAUAUGUUCUUUAUAACAGAGUGCAGUAAGUCCUGUCUGACUACACUCACACAGUGGGGUAUAGACGCUAGGGUACAGGAUGGAUGUCAGUUAAUCCCCCUGUAGGGUAAAUGUUGUUCUCCUGAUCAGAUCAGGUCCUGGUGAGAGUUCCCUCAGAGCUCCUCUCACUCACUGACCCAUAUUUGCUCAGAACUUUCGUCUAUUUCCACGAGGUAAAAACUGUUGAAGGAAAAAAACAAACAUGUGGAAAGGAAGCAAGACAGUGAUGUAACACCGUAAUACAGUGUGUUUCACCUGCAGAAUAGCAUCCUGACACACAAACAACCGAAAGUUUGUGCGCCUCGGUCGAGACCAGAGCCUUUAGAACUCGUACAUGGACGUUUCUCUGGAGAACAUCUAUCAUCAGCCCAUUUGUGUAAGCCAUCACUAACCCCUCUCUCUCUCUCUCUCUGUUUGUUCUCUUUUUAAACGUAUGGAUUUUCUCUCCUUAAUGCAGUGUUCAUUAUGUUGAAGAUGCUGAGGUGAUGCUAGCGUAUAUCUCUGUAGGUUUUCUUUAGAAGUGCUGCUUAUUAUUUUCCCACUUUGAGAACAUGCAUGUUGUUGUUUUAUUUUUGUUGUUGGUUUUUGUGGCUGUGCGCCGCCUGUGUCGUGAUUUCGGCACAGACACUUAAACCAUGACAGGGUUUUUGUUUGCUUUGCUUUGCUUUGGUGUGGACAAGCCAACACCCUGAUAUGUUUGUGUGCUUCCACUGUUGGUCUAAUGAUGAAUUACUCAUAACUUUCAGUGAUUAUUAUUAUUAUUAUUGAUGUAUAUUUUUGUCUAGUUGAUGAAAUGAACACUCGUUUGUUGCAGGGCUGCAGGAAUCCACACACACACACACACACACACACACUUAUUAAAGGCAUGCACACCUUUAUUUAGUUUGACGUAAAGUGCGAUGUGGUUUUGUAAGUGCAGAACAGUCGACUAAAGCUUCAGACACAUCUUGUUUUCCCUCAUGGCCUAAAUUUGCAUAUUUUCUCCUUAAACCCUGAGCACUUUCAGGUCCAUAGCGAAGCCUGGAAGUCCCCUGGUCCUUUUGCGUACGAUUAAACCUAGCUUUUCUUCUUGGUGAAUGUCUGUGUCUGAACGUCCGCCCAAUAUUUCAGUUAACGAUAGAUUUAAACAAGAUUUCUGUGUGGGUUUUUUUUGUCUUUAAAAUGUCUUUCCAAUCCUGUGUGCCUGCUCUCAGUUCAGCCCACUUUCCACUCUACGUCCCUGUCGGAUAUUCUUUACUGCCUGUUUUUAAUGAAUGCAAUCAGUGUAUUAAAGUAAUUCACAGCUUUUUCCUUUCAUUUCUAACCGUUUUUAUUAUUAUUUUCUUAGCAUUGUCAAGUGGGCAUGCCUGUCAUAGAGUGUUCCUUAUCUAUAGAACGAUAACGUCCUAAAAGGCUGUGUACAAUAAACUGUAAUAACCUUUUGUAAUAAAAUAUUAAAUACA